GGACACAAAACCGGCGGGGAUUUAAUCGCAGCGUCAGCAAAGUGUGUACUUGUGUGUAAGCUUAAAGUUGCUGAACAAAAUGGCUCAGAAGCCAGCGGCCACCGCCGCCAUCAUCCUGCUAGCGUUCGCCAUCGCUGUUGCUGCGGAUUUCGUGAGAGUGCCGCUGCAUAAGGGAACAUCGGCUAGAGAACGUUUUCGUAGUGUCGGGACCGAAAUUAAGCAGCUCCGUCUGAAGUACGGCGAUACGAGCGGUCCCGUCCCGGAGCCACUGUCCAACUAUCUCGAUGCACAAUACUUCGGAGCCAUCUCGAUCGGUACGCCACCGCAAAGCUUCAAGGUGGUCUUCGAUACCGGCUCAUCGAACCUGUGGGUUCCGUCGAAGCAAUGCUCUUUUACAAAUAUCGCUUGUCUUAUGCAUAACAAAUAUGACGCUAAGAAAUCGUCCACAUUCGAGAAGAACGGCACCGCGUUUCACAUCCAGUAUGGCACGGGCAGUCUGUCCGGAUACCUGUCCAGCGAUACCGUGACCGUGGGUGAUGUGGCCAUCGAGAAGCAAACGUUCGCCGAAGCCAUCCAGGAGCCGGGGCUCGUGUUUGUGGCGGCCAAGUUCGACGGAAUCCUCGGAUUGGCAUACAAAUCGAUCUCCGUCGGGGGUGUUACGCCCGUGUUUUACAACAUGUUCAAUCAGAACAAGAUCGACGUGCCCGUUUUCUCGUUCUACCUGAACCGCGAUCCGGCGGCAGCCGAGGGCGGCGAGAUCAUCUUUGGUGGUUCCGAUUCUAGCCACUAUACGGGCGACUUUACCUAUCUGCCGGUCGAUCGUAAGACUUACUGGCAGUUCAAGAUGGACUCGGUAACAGUGGGUGAUAGCGAGUUCUGUAACAAUGGCUGCGAAGCGAUCGCCGAUACCGGCACUAGCCUGAUCGCAGGCCCGCUGGCGGAGGUUACGGCUAUCAACAAAGCGAUUGGUGGAACUCCCAUAAUGAACGGGGAGUACAUGGUGGACUGCUCGUUGAUACCGACGCUACCGAAGAUUACGUUCACGCUUGGUGGCAAACCGUUCACUAUCGAGGGUGCCGACUAUAUUCUGCGCAUCACCCAGAUGGGUAAGUCGAUCUGCCUGUCCGGGUUUAUGGGCAUCGACAUUCCGCCACCGAACGGCCCGUUGUGGAUUCUGGGUGAUGUUUUUAUUGGCAAGUACUACACAGAGUUCGAUAUGGGUAACGAUCGAGUGGGUUUCGCAACCGCUAUCUAAAGGUAACAAGGCCAAUCGACCUUUCGUUUCGGGUUGGUAGUGUUUGUGAGGCAUUGGGAUUGUUGUGGUUUCUAUAGAACCGCUUGUGAAAAAUAAAAAGAUUACCAAAUAAAGUUUGAACACACCAGUUU